AUGGAGCGCAGAUUUGCCGGUGAUCAGGAUCUGUGGACACGCUAUAACGAAUUCAUGCAGGAAUUAAUUGAAAUGGGUCAUAUGGAGGUCGUGCUUGAAACGAAAUAUGCGAAAUAUUAUAUGCCACACCAUGCUGUUGUAAAGGAGUCCAGCGUCACGACAAAAUUGCGAGUUGUGUUUCACGCGUCUGCUAAAACCACAAUGGGGAAUUCCCUCAACGAUGCGCUUUAUGUUGGUCCUCAAUUACAAGAAGACUUGUACUCCAUACUUUUGCGCUUUAGAAUACACAAAUACGCAGUAACUGCAGACGUUGCAAAAAUGUAUCGACAAAUCUUUGUUUCAGCUAAACAUGUCGACUUACAUCGAAUUGUUUGGCGCUCUAACACAUCUCUACCUAUUACAGAUUACCGCAUGCUACGCGUAACUUAUGGAGUUGCGUCCGCCUCGCAUUUGGCUGACAAAUCGAUGCAACAAACUGCGAAACAAUCUUCCAAUACUUUUCAGAAAGCAGUCGACGUAAUUCUUAAAGACUUUUACAUGGACGAUCUUCUCACUGGUGCGUCUAGCAAGUCGGAACUUAAAGCAUUGUAG